AUUUAUUUUUUUCUCUUGCACCCAGACCCCCCCCCCCCCCCCCCCCCGCCUCCUCUCCCUUCCUGGACACCCCCGGUCCAUUAUCCACCAGUCCCACGUCAUUUUCCCUCCUCCCUCGCUGACCGAGGAGCAAGGUUUACGGAGGAUUUAUUCGGACACCAAGAAUUCAAAUAGAAACGCUGGGAACAUGUCUUGCAGCGAGGAUGAGAGGGAGGACUUUGGAGCCGAUGACGAGCACUCACUUCUUCACGAUGAGGACGAGCCGGAGGAUGCUGUCUCUGACGCAGAAGAGGCACCCAAGUCAAAGAAGAAGAAGAAAGCCAAAAAGAGCAACCGGGAGAGCAGGAGCAGCAAGAGGCAGAGACCCAUCCGGGAGCAGGAAUUGCCAGUCAGCUCCCCAGAGCACCUGAUUGGAUUGGAGGCAGCAGAGAGGGAUGUAAAUGAGGGAGGUAUGCGGUCAGAGAGUGAAGGAAGUGAUUAUGCACCUGGUAGAAAAAAGAAAAAACGCUCCAGCUCUGCCAAAGACAAGAAGAAAGGAGGAGGGGGAGGAGAGAAAGGAGGCUCAAAGAGCAAACGUAAAGAUCCAGAACCGGAUGAUGACGACGAUGAUGACGACGAUUGCCAGCCUAAAAGCUCCACGCAGCUGCUGGAGGCCUGGGGCAUGAAAGACAUUGACCACGUCUUUACUCAGGAAGACUACAGCUCCCUCACGAACUACAAGGCAUUCAGUCAGUUUGUCAGGCCUUUAAUUGCUGCAAAGAACCCCAAAAUUCCUGUGUCCAAAAUGAUGACUUUAAUGAUGGCUAAAUGGAGGGAAUUCAGCACAAAUAACCCACUCAAGGGUUGCGCCACUGCUAAUGCAGCCUUGGCAGCUGCCAAUGUGGCUGCAGCUGUGGAGAACAUGGUGGUUGCAGGGACCGAUGGAGGUGCAGAGACUCCUCCUGCUGCUCCUGCUCCAGUUCCUGCCGCCGCUGCAGCUCCUGCUCCAACACCAGCUGCACCUCCUGCUGCUCCAGCACCUCCGCUCCGCAAAGCCAAGACCAAAGAGGGAAAAGGCCCAAAUGCUCGCAAGAGGUCAAAGCCUGCGUCUAAACCUCCUGCUAAACAGAAACCCAAGAAGGUGGCUCCACUCAAAAUCAAACUGGGAGGCCUCAACAGCAAGAGGAAGCGCUCAUCUAGCGAUGAAGAUGAACCUGAUGUCGACAGUGACUUCGAUGACGGGAGUUUCUCUGUUUCUGAUGGCUCCAACCGCAGCAGCCGUUCUAAGAAGAAAUCUAAGAGUGCCAAGAAAAAGAAGAAAGUGGAAACAGAAGAUGGUGACGGGUAUGAGACGGACCAUCAGGACUACUGUGAGGUGUGCCAGCAGGGCGGGGAGAUCAUUUUGUGUGACACCUGCCCUCGAGCCUAUCACAUGGUCUGUCUGGACCCAGACAUGGAGAAAGCACCUGAGGGCAAGUGGAGUUGCCCACACUGUGAGAAGGAGGGGAUCCAGUGGGAGGCCAGGGAUGAUCUGUCCGAGGCCGAAGGGGAGGACGAUGACGACAGGAGAGAUGAAGGGUUGGAGGAGGAAGACGACCAUCACAUCGAGUUUUGCCGCGUGUGCAAGGACGGUGGAGAGUUGCUGUGUUGUGACACCUGCCCCUCCUCCUACCACAUCCACUGCCUUAAUCCUCCUCUCCCUGAGAUCCCCAACGGGGAGUGGAUCUGCCCCCGCUGCAAGUGUCCACCGAUGAAGGGAAAAGUGCAGAAGGUUUUAUUGUGGCGCUGGGGGGAUCCACCAGCCCCCAUGCCUGUCCCUCGGCCUCCUGACCUUCCUGCUGAUGCUCCUGAUCCUCCUCCUUUGGUGGGCCGCAGGGAGAGGGAGUUCUUUGUCAAAUGGUGCAAUAUGUCCUACUGGCACUGCUCCUGGGUGCAGGAGCUACAGUUGGAGCUGAACUGCCAGGUGAUGUUUCGUAACUACCAGAGGAAGACCGACAUGGACGAUCCUCCUCCUGUAGACUUUGGAGGUGAGGGCGAUGAUGACAAAAGCACCAAGAGGAAGAACAAAGAUCCCCUCUUUGUCCACAUGGAGGAGGAGUUUUGCCGGUUUGGAGUCAAGCUGGAGUGGCUGAUGAUCCACCGCAUCCUUAACCACAGUGUUGAUAAGAAGAACAAUGUGCAUUAUCUAAUAAAGUGGAGAGAUCUGGCAUAUGACCAGUCCACCUGGGAGAGUGAAGACAUGGACAUUCCUGAGUAUGACACAUACAAGCAGAUCUACUGGAAUCACAGAGAGCUGAUGACGGGGGAGGAGGGGAAACCUGGUAAGAAGCUUAAGAAGACCGUCAAAGUGAAAAAGGCAGAGCGGCCACCUGCUAACCCAGUUGUAGAUCCCACCAUAAAGUUUGAUCGGCAGCCAGACUACCUGGACAGUACAGGAGGCACGCUGCAUCCCUACCAGCUGGAGGGGCUGAACUGGCUGAGGUUUUCUUGGGCUCAGGCCACGGACACAAUCCUGGCUGAUGAGAUGGGUUUGGGCAAGACUGUACAGACAGCUGUCUUCCUGUACUCGUUGUACAAGGAGGGCCACUCCAAAGGCCCCUUCCUGGUCAGUGCUCCUCUGUCCACCAUCAUCAACUGGGAGAGAGAGUUUGAGAUGUGGGCUCCUGACAUGUAUGUGGUCACUUAUGUUGGAGACAAAGACAGCAGAGCGGUUAUCCGAGAAAAUGAGUUCUCCUGCGAGGGCAACGCCACCAGAGGAGGGAAAAAGGCCUCCAAGAUGAAGAAAGACUCAACAAUUAAGUUUCACGUUCUGCUGACAUCCUAUGAGUUGAUUACCAUUGACCAGGCUGUGCUGGGCUCCAUUGAAUGGGCCUGUUUGGUUGUUGAUGAGGCGCACAGACUCAAGAACAACCAAUCCAAGUUCUUUAGGCAGUUGAACAACUAUUCACUGCAACACAAACUUCUGCUCACUGGAACCCCUCUUCAGAACAACCUGGAGGAGCUUUUUCACCUGCUGAACUUCUUGACUCCAGAGAGAUUCAAUAACCUUGAAGGGUUUCUGGAGGAGUUUGCAGACAUCGCCAAAGAGGACCAAAUCAAGAAACUCCAUGACAUGUUGGGACCCCACAUGCUCAGGAGGCUGAAGGCCGAUGUGUUCAAACACAUGCCUUCUAAAACAGAACUCAUCGUUCGAGUGGAGCUGAGCCCCAUGCAGAAGAAAUACUACAAGUUUAUUCUAACACGUAACUUCGAGGCCCUGAACACUCGAGGAGGCGGAAACCAAGUGUCUUUGCUAAACGUUGUCAUGGACCUUAAAAAAUGCUGCAAUCACCCCUACCUCUUCCCUGCUGCUGCCACAGAGGCACCAAAACUCCCAAAUGGCAUGUAUGAAGGUGCCGCCCUGACCAAAGCUUCAGGGAAGCUGAUGCUGCUCCAGAAGAUGAUGAAGAAGCUGAAGGAAGGAGGCCACAGGGUUCUGGUUUUCUCCCAAAUGACCAAAAUGCUUGACCUACUGGAGGACUUCCUGGAGAACGAGGGAUACAAAUAUGAGAGGAUUGAUGGAGGAGUCACUGGCAACAUGAGACAAGAGGCUAUUGAUCGCUUUAAUGCUCCUGGUGCUCAGCAGUUUGCGUUCCUCCUCUCCACUCGGGCCGGUGGUUUGGGCAUUAAUCUGGCCUCUGCUGACACAGUUAUCAUCUUCGACUCUGACUGGAACCCUCACAAUGACAUCCAGGCGUUCAGCAGAGCUCAUCGUAUCGGCCAGAACAGGAAGGUGAUGAUCUAUCGCUUUGUCACUAAAGCUUCUGUUGAAGAGAGGAUCACACAGGUGGCAAAGAAGAAGAUGAUGCUCACUCACCUUGUGGUGAGACCCGGCCUCGGCUCUAAGACCGGCUCCAUGUCCAAGCAGGAACUCGAUGACAUCCUUAAGUUUGGAACAGAAGAGCUGUUCAAGGAUGAGGUCGGGGAUGGGGACAACAAAGAGGAUGACAGCAGCGUGAUCCACUAUGACGAUCCGGCGAUUGAGCGUUUGCUGGACAGAAACCAGGACGCCACAGAGGACACUGAGCUCCAGAGCAUGAAUGAGUACCUCAGUUCCUUUAAGGUGGCCCAGUAUGUGGUCAAAGAUGAAGACGACGAGGAGGAGGAGUUAGAAAGGGAGGUGAUCAAGCAGGAGGAGAGCGUUGAUCCUGACUACUGGGAGAAGCUGCUUCGGCAUCACUAUGAGCAGCAGCAAGAGGACCUUGCACGCAAUUUAGGCAAAGGCAAAAGAACUAGAAAACCGGUCAACUACAAUGACGGUUCCCAGGAGGAUCGAGGUAUACGACAGGACUGGCAGGAGGAUCAGUCUGAUAACCAGUCUGAUUACUCGGUGGCUUCAGAGGAGGGAGACGAGGACUUUGAUGAACGUGCUGAAGCGAACGCGCGCAGGCCUAACAGGAAAGGGCUGAGGAACGACCGGGACAAACCUCUUCCUCCGCUGCUCGCCAGGGUUGGAGGUAACAUUGAGGUUUUGGGCUUCAACGCUCGUCAGAGGAAGGCUUUCCUCAACGCGGUUAUGCGUUAUGGGAUGCCGCCACAGGAUGCUUUCACCAACCAGUGGCUGGUCAGGGAUCUGCGAGGGAAGCCUGAGAAGGAGUUCAAAGCCUAUGUGUCUCUGUUCAUGCGCCACCUCUGUGAGCCGGGAGCCGACGGAGCUGAGACCUUUGCAGAUGGCGUCCCGCGUGAGGGUCUGUCCAGGCAACAUGUGCUUACUCGCAUCGGUGUGAUGUCACUGAUAAGGAAGAAGGUGCAGGAGUUUGAGCACGUGAACGGUCAGUGGUCGAUGCCCUGGAUGGCGGAGCUGGAGGAGAACAAACGGGCGGCAGCUUUAGCUGCAGGCGAAGACCCGAAAACUCCUUCAACUGGGACUCCUGCAGACACGCAGCCCAACACCCCCAUCCCAGAAGAUUUUUCUAAAUCAGAUGAGCGAGAUGACAUGAAGAAAGAGGGAGAGGACAGCAAAGCUAAGAAAGAUGAUCCAGAGGUUAUUGAAAUCCCAGAUGAGUCUGAAAAGUCCCCCGUUGUUAACAAGAAAGAUGCUGCUGUGGAGAAGGAAGACAAGGAGGAUGGAGAGGAAGGAAAGGAGAAGGAAGCUGAAGACCUGAGCAGAGAGAAAGAAGAGAAGUCUUCAGCAGCGAUGGUUGCUUCUGUAAACAAUAAGGGGGGAGGUUCAGAUGGAAGGAUGGAUUCAGAGGACAAGUGUAAAGCUGAGGACGGCAAAUACGAGAAGAUGGACACCUCACCACCAGAGGAGAGAAAAGAUCCAAAGGAGGAGAAGGACGGCGUGAAAACAGAGGAGCCCGGAAAGCUGCAGAAUGGAGAGAAUGCCAAAGAUGGAGGAGCAGCUGCGGUUAACAUCAGCGAAGAGAAGAAGAAAGCCACCAAGCAGAGAUUCAUGUUCAACAUCGCAGACGGGGGCUUCACAGAGCUCCACUCCCUGUGGCAGAACGAAGAGAGGGCCGCCACUGUCACGAAGAAGACCUAUGAGAUCUGGCACCGUCGUCAUGACUACUGGCUGUUGGCUGGAAUCAUACAACACGGGUACGCUCGAUGGCAGGAUGUGCAGAACGAUGUGAGGUUUGCUAUUAUCAACGAGCCCUUCAAAGGAGAGAUGAGCAGAGGAAACUUCCUGGAAAUCAAGAACAAGUUUCUGGCUCGCAGGUUCAAGUUGCUGGAGCAGGCUUUGGUGAUCGAGGAGCAGCUGCGUAGGGCGGCCUACCUGAACAUGACAGAGGACCCGGCCCACCCCUCCAUGGCCCUCAACACUCGCUUCAGUGAGGUAGAGUGUCUCGCCGAGUCCCAUCAGCACCUCAGCAAGGAGUCCAUGUCUGGAAACAAGCCUGCCAACGCGGUGCUCCAUAAAGUCCUCAAACAGCUGGAGGAACUGCUGAGUGACAUGAAGGCUGACGUCACUCGUCUCCCAGCAACCAUCGCCAGGAUCCCCCCCGUGGCCGUACGGCUGCAGAUGUCUGAGAGGAACAUCCUCAGCCGAUUGGCCAGCCGGGGUCCCGAGGUCGGGCUCCAGAAUCCAUCACAAACCUCACAGCAAAUGCAGGUGCCGCGCUGACCAAUCACAUUGCAGCUUUGAAGCUAGGCGGUCUCACCUCACCACCACGUAGCAGAUGUUCUCCCCUCCAAACACCGUGUACAGAACAGUCAGGUUAGUUCCUCCCCCUCGCUCUGUGCCGACAACUCAUCUCCAGACUCAGACGCUGUGCAGCUUGACUUUGUUUCUAAAAGACGGGAGUCGAUAGAAUAAUCACUUGCCUCUCCGCGGCAGAAUAAAUACGAGCAUUUCUCUUUCUGGGAUCAGAUUCAGCUCCUCAGCUCUCACCUGUCCUGACAGCAGGGUCAACCGUGUGCUUGUGACAUAUGUACCAUGGAACAGGUGUGGAGUUUCCUGAUGCUUUACAUUAACUUUUAGUUCCCUGAAGAAUUCAAGGGAUUGGAUUGUGCUUCUUUCCACCUUUAGGGACUUGUGAAAACACCGACGUUUUGUUAGGAGUCAUUGAGCAGGAAUUUUGUGGCCGAUAGGGUACCGGUCUGUGUGUAAAGAGAAAGUGUUUCAUGUUUGUGAUGAACAUAAAAAUGUGCGUCUCUACUGCAGCGAGCCUCUCCCCUGAGACUGUUACCGUCAUUUCUGCGUCAGUCUUAUCCGUCUGUUACCUCUUCCUGUGUUCGUCCUGCCACCUGCACCGCAGGUAAGCUGAUCUGAGAUUAGCUCUUUGUACCCCCCCCCCCCAACUAGUACCUUGACAUUCCUAACUGCACCAAAAAUCUGCUUAACUGGGAACUUCCCCUAAAAUACUAAAGUAGGACAUGUUUUUGGUACAUGUGAAUUUUACAAAUGACGGCAACCUUUAAGUUUAUUUAAUUUCUUAUUGUCUGUUUGUUUUAUGUCAUUGAAUAUUGUUAUUGUCACCACCUUGUUUUUAUUGAUGCCGUUCGUUUUUAUGGACUACAAUAAAAUGUCAGACGUU